AUGGCCCAGCAAAAUGAGAAAAGUGCAUCCAUCACCGAGAAGGGGACGGCAAUUCAGGGACUCGAGACAUGGCUCUCGACAACACCAGUCCGUGUGGUCGUCACGGAGACGACGAGCCUCAGCGACAAAGACGAAGCCUUCGAAUUCUUGCAGAAUAAUCCCCGGCGUGAUGAACUGUUGCAAGAAGGCCGAGACAUCCUGGACGACCCGGUCAAGUCCAGGAAACUGCUCCGCAAGAUCGACUUGACCAUCAUACCUCUCUUGGCGCUCACGUACUUCCUGCAAGCCCUAGACAAGGUAGCCCUCGAGUACACAGCCGUAAUGGGCAUCCGCGAGGACACCCACCUGGUAGGGCAGCAAUACUCCUACCUAGGCAUGCUCUUCUGGGUCGGCUUCCUGGUCCUCGAGCUUCCGACCCAAAUGCUCGCGCAGCAUGUUUCCAGACUUGGCCUGUACUUGGGAGUCAAUAUCAUAUUAUGGGGCAUCACGGUGGUCUGCCACGCAGCGUGCACCAAUUUCGCGGGGCUCGCUGUUGUCCGAUCAUUAUUGGGCGCAUUUGAGUCCUGCGUCGCACCAAUUCUCGUUCUAAUCAUUGCUAUGUGGUACAAAAAGUCAGAACAAGGCCGACGGGUAUCCUGGCAUCAUGUUAUGGCCAACGUCAGCACUAUCGUAGGAGGAUCAGUAUCCUACGGUUGUUCCUUCAUCAAGAGCAGAUUUGCAGUAUGGAGGACCUUCUACCUCAUCAUUGGGCUUUUGACCAUUUUCGCAGGCCUGAUAGUAUGCCUAUUCCUCCCAGACUCCCCCGUCAGGGCGAGACGAUUCACCGAGGCCGAAAAAGCGGCGGUCUUGUUACGGAUCAGGGACAACCAAAGCGGCACUCAAAAUGCGAAAAUCAAGAAGCCACAGGUCAUUCAAGCGUUAAAAGAUGGCCGUGUUCUGCUCGUCGCUUUUAUAGUGUUACUUAUGGCCGUCCACGCUGGAGGCUUCAGUACAUUUGGUACUAUUCUCACGGUAUCGUUUGGUUUCACUCGUCAACAAGCUCUGAUCUUGACGGUACCUAUGGGCUUCAUCGGCCUCUUCGUUGUCCUCCUAGUCGGAUGGCUGUCUGAUAAGCUCAACGACCGAUCAACAAUCCUCAUCAUAGGCACGAUCCCCUCGAUCUUGUCACUCAGCCUCAUGAUCGCACUAGACCCACAUGGCAGGCCAUUGAAUAAAGCAGGAUUGCUUGCAGCGAGGCUCAUCGGAAUAACGGGAAGUUCUUGUCUACAGGUCAUGUUCGCGUGGAAUGCCUCAAACAUCUCUGGACACACGAAGAAAGUUACGGCCAAUGCCCUGACUCUCAUGUUUUAUGCCACUGGUAACAUCCUCGGCACUCAAGCCUUCCGGGACACAGAAGCACCUGCAUAUACUUCAGGAAAGAUUACUAUCAUCGCGUGUCUGUCAACGACAUGUUUCCUGGUUUUCAUCUUGAGGCGCUGGAAUAUCAAGCUCAAUAAGAAGAACAGCAAAACCCUGGCGGGAUUCUCGGAAGCUGAGAAUGAAGACUUGCGCACCAAGCUGGCGUUCGGAGACACUCCUGAUCGUCAGAAUCCUUUCUUUGUUUACACUCGCUAA